AUGAACCUGAGUCAUUUGGUCACCCAGCAGUACACCAACUUGGAGGGUGCACUAGGACUUACGAGACCCACAUUCUUCCUAUGGUCAGCCUCAGUCGGCGUGCGUCACUCCGACCCAACAGGGGUUGAGCCCUGUGGCGUAGGUUUAUGAAGUUGCAUGGUGGCCCACGGACGCAGCCCAGAACCUCAGACAAAAAGUAGGUGAUGCAACUUCUGAAUCCCUAACUGGAGUGCUGAAAUGCACCUUCAGUCAGAAAGCAUUACUUUGUUUUUCAAGUACCGCACAAUUUCGCGCCCUGCGUGUCGUUGGACUUGCUUUUAGGAUCUACGAACUACACGCUGUAUCCUUUCUAUUUGAGGAGCUUCAUGCACUAGCCUAUGCAAUAAAGGUACAAUCUAGAAUUCUUAAAAUCUUUCAGUGGCUACGGACCACGCUGGAUACUUCAAAAGGAGCUUAAAGAAAAGGGAAGAUAUGAUGCUACUCUAAUAAAGGUUAUAAGCUCCCACAAUCCUCUAGUUAUAAAACUGGAUGACACCGUCUGAACAGGGCGUAAUCUACUACAAGAUAGAAACAGGAAAGAAUGCUUUUGUGUAUGUCUUCCGUAAAGUGUGUUUGGAUAUAUGAGGACAGAAAGGAUAAAUGUAGCAAGUGCGAACUACUUAAAAGUCAUGUUGUAAUGUGUGCUUUUUGGCUAAAAGUGCAUGCGCAUCCAAAUGCCGACGCCCUGACGUCAAUAAAGUACUCUAGUACUGUUCUGCCCAUGCCCAUCAGAACUACAGCCCACGCUGUAGAAUCCCUUCUAACCGACAUUGAAUUUCGGGAUUUCAUUUAAUGUUCUACAAGUCACGUUACCUGCUAUUCGUCUGUAGUUUGAGAUAUCGCUGAGUGAUGGCGCGUAAGUUGGAAUUUUCCAUUUCAGUGCUGAUACCUUUGGAAUUUAUUCGUCCCAAGAGGGAAGCUGGUGAGUCACGGGGAUGAGAAGCCCUCACCGCGGUUUUAGAGUUGACCUUGCGCAAAAUUCUAGGAAAAGUAGCGUUCUUGCAUCCCAACUACAACCAUAGCACUAACCUUGACGCCGAUCUCCCUGGAAAUUAACGCAAGGCUACCAAAAUAGAGAAGGAUUCCCAUUUCGUACUUUGCUGGGGACCUCAAGGGCAGUAUCGGAGAAUUCCGCCAUUGUUGCCCGCCAAACAGGAGCUGUCAGUGACUUGCCAAGACAAAUUUUGUAUGAUGACAUGAAGUCGUAGGGUUCAGAAUUUCUGCAAACUUUCCUCACGGCUUCUACUUUGCCUUGAAUAAUUGGGUAGGCACGGGCAUAUUUUUCAUUGAAAAUUAUGUAAUCUCAAGGGAAGGCCUUCUACUAUAUUAUAAGUCCUUUUAGGUUUUCCAUCGUGAUCGUUUGAACUUAACAUAUCCUUCAUGAGUUAAUUCUUGAAAAUGAUUUCAUGAUUUAUUAAAAUCCGAAAAACUGAACUUCGAAAGGAGGUUAAUUCGCGUGAAAUACUUAGCGUGUCAAUAAGAUUCUGAGUUAAACUUCACAAAUAUUAAACAAAACGAGAAUUAGCAUAGCGUCGAAGUUUUGCUAAAACACGGACUGCAGAUGGCUUUCGGUGAAUAAAAGUUAUUUUCACAUUCUACAGCGUGCAGAUGCAGAAUUUCGUCAUCUUUUCCGAGACAGACAGGUUUUUCUGAAAGCCCUACAGCAAAGUUAUUUUAUCAGAUUGAUUUUUCACUCCUCAAACUGAAAGUGCGAAUUUCCCUGAAAUACGUUUGCCGAUUUUCCUCCUGAUUGGGCAUGCCUCUCGUUAGCAACUUUGAUACUGUUCAUGCGUCUUGAAGACUGUUUCGGCAACUGUACGCGAUCUGAGUAGAGAAUGUGUACGCGUGUUACACUACUACCUUUUGUUUGUCUACUAGGACCUUUGACGACUUUCCACUUUCAUGUAAGGGUUUCCCGUUAGGAAGUCCUUACCGUAUCUACAAAGAAGUGAAAGCAGGAUCUGCCUACUGCACAUUAUAAAGAAUCCCAGUUCGGAAAUACUUGUGUAUUUUGACCUAUUUGAGCAAUCUAGAUAAUAUAAGGUGGCAAUUUAAAGCAUUAAGUUACGGUUGUGUCCCUCUUAAUCUAAGCUUUUUGUUUGAUCGCGCUUUAUUUUUAGAAAGUUCUGAAGACUGAUUUCUUGUGCGGACGUGCAAUCUCUUCGAAAGAUCGUGUUAAAUCUAUUCUGUUUGAAAUGAUUGUUUUGAUAUUUCGAGACUGCAUUUUCGUCUCGUUGUUUUUCACGGAUGAUAAUUGAAUCAUUUGUUGUGAAAUUUUGUGUAUAUUUGUUUAGUAAAAUUGCUGUUGGACGGUGCUCAAGAACAAUAUGUCGGCAAACGAGUCCUUUUUUGAAAAACCAAACGACUUCUUCCUGUCUAUUGCCUUGAAAGGUUUCAGUAUUUGCUGGAAAAUGACGUUUCUGAAGUAAGCUUUAGGACUGGCUUUGUAAGUGAUUGCGUAAUAAGACAGCUCUAGAACUAUUGACCCCAGUAAUUUUGUUGUCAGUGGUGUCGUGUCGUUAUGACAGAUUUAAGCACAGGAAACUAUCAAUGUAGGCGCUAGAUGUCAUCACAGUUUUACGGUGUUUUUGGCAGACAUAUUUCUUUGAGUUUCCACGUCCUAUGCCAACGGUAUUCAACCAACUUUAUUCAUUGUAAAUUGAUGAAUCCUCUUCCAGGACAAAGUUAUGUUGUACUGGGCAUCUUACAAAUUUUAAAAAUUUGAAGUAAGCAUACCUCUAACCGCUGUGGUGCAUUAAAAACGCUCAGAAUAAUGCCAUGAAUAAGGAGGGUAUUACAGCAACUAGGAUAUUGAGUUUACCCUAGCUUCCCCAUCCAUCGGGCGAAGUCCUGGUUAGUAGACGCAGGAGCAAUCGGGAGCCUGCAUUCUGCACAGACUUCCGAUUGCACUCGAGACCAGAGUCGGUAGCGCACGGUACGCGUCUCCGCGAGGUGACAUGAGCGCGUAUGAUUAAGUGGCACGUGCGAGAGUAAUCUUCAUGAGCGUAUUGACUACGCUCGGGGGCUGAGUGUAUGUAUGUUUCACCAACUCGAAGGUCAUGAUCUCGUAGCCCCCGGCAGUGUGUGUGUGUGUGUGUAACAAGGACAGAGGAUUAUUGUAAUAAUGAGAAUAGGCGCGGUCACGAGAACUGACACGGCGGGGCGCUAUAGUUGCGUUUUAAAUAAUAGUAAAAAGGGGACCCGAUAAAUGACCGUGUCCCAAGAGAGGAAUCGUUGGCCGCGAGGAUCAAAAGAUUUUGCAGGCCUCACAGGGUAGAGAUUCUGUAUCAAAAAGGUACUGCAUGAAUGAAUACUUGCUCGCCAUCGCCUAAAGGGUGGAACUGCAGAGUCAGUAGCUUCUCCUUCGAAUGAGACCAAAAAAUGAUAAAGGACACAAACUGCAUGGACUUGACACCCACAACGUGCAAAAAGAACGAUAGUUCCUUUAACCAAAGGAUAGUUUUGCAAGUACAUUAGCGGAGAGGAACUAAUGAUAUCAAACUAUUUGUGUCAAAGGAAAAAAUAAGAAAUUCUCGCGGUGUCUUCUGCACCGAGGGUGGUUACUAUUCCUAAUGCGGUCAGAGUGCGAAAGAAAAGCAUCUGAACUACUGACGCUCGUCUUGCCAUCUGCUUUGGGGUUUUUCCGGGUGUCCCGAAAAAUGGGAUAUUCUGUUUUUCCAUGAACUUUUACUGUACGGGAAAAAGUCAUGCGAUAUCUAACGAAUGGUUUGCAGCGAAAUCGAACUCGUCGAACGCCCCUCAGUUUGCUCAAGCAAAUGGCGAAUCAAGGUAACUUUAAUGUCAUUUCGUAGAUGGAGACGACGAGAUAGCGAAAGAGCAAAGGAGGAUGUCAUCAGUAGCAUUAAUUCAAAAUCACGUUAGUUUUAGCAAUGUAAGGAUUUUAAAGUAAGCAUAGACAACAGAAUUUAUUGGAACCAGUAAAUUUAGAGACGGCUUAUCAACUGCAGCCUGUCUUUACAUAACACAGAUAACAAGUGAGAAAGAUACAGAGGUUUUGACUUCCACAGAGAAAAUCAAUAUAAAACAGCAAGGUCGUCGUAUACUUCAGGUAGAUUAAUCAAUAAAGUGGUAACUUGAAAACGCAACAUAGGAAAGAAAACGGGGAAGUUAACACGCCGAGGGAUUUCGCAAAUCAAAAGGACUCAGACCUACCAGGGCAAGCUGAAGUUGGCCACGUGGUCUAACUGUUUACACAGGUCGGGUUUCUCCCUCAGUAUGUAGGCUGCCUCCAAGUAGCGCAGUAACCAAGUUGUUCGUGCUCGAACUAAUACUCGAAAAGAUGUUUUGGGGUCAACCGAAUGACCGCUAUCAAGGGGGUGUUUCGUAAUAGAAGACCAUUGAAUCUUCUUCUCCGGCUUUAGAAGCCAUUUACGCAGGUACUCAACUGACCUGGCUGCCAGUUGCCUUUGCGUUCGCCCAAUGUACUUGCAUCCACAAUUGCAUUUAGAUUCGUAAGCACAAUUUGACGUGGCGUGCAAUGCUAAGGCAUCCUUCGCCCGUGGAACUUGGAUAGCCUUAGUAGGGCUGCAGAAUAUGAGUUCAGCUGAGACGUAUGUUCUUUCAAUGGCGCUUCUCAAUCGCCGCUUAAUAGUAUUUGAGAUGUUGUCGCCCUUAAAGGGUAAGGAUAUUACAUCGGGCUUUUUCGGAACUGAUGGCUCCGUCAAUUUUGGCCGUAAAGUGUUGCUGUACUUUUCGGUGAAUCGUGUCGGAUAUGCCUGUUAAAGCAGGACUGUUUCGAGGCAAUGAAUUUCAGCAUCAAGUGUUUCAAUAGAGCAAAUGUUUCUUGCUCUUUGAAAUAGAGUGUAAACCGAAUUUCGUUUUCGUUUUAUCAGCACAAAGUUCAAGAAUUGUAGGUAUUGGCCCUUGCAUGUAUCCUUGUUGAAAACCGAUCGCCUUAUUGAACCAUCUUCCUGUUUAGUUAUGUGGACAUCCCGAAAAGAUAGCUUGUUACACUGAUCCUUCUCCGUUGUGAAUUUAAUCUUAGGAUGGAGACUAUUCAUGGCAACAAAUAGGUCUUCGGCUUCCUCUUUGUUAUCAACAAUAACAGCCUAAUUCACCUGAAAAAUUACAGGCAAAUAUCUAGAAGGGGGAUUUUUCUAGCAUGCGAACGCAAGCCUCAGCAAUACCGUGGACAACCACGUUGCAAGGAACAGUUAAUGACUAUUGGAGCACGUUCAGCUCACUGGUCAAAGAAUCGUUGAUCCGAACUGUCCACUCAGACGAAAGAAAACUAGCAACCGUCCGCCGUGGAUAAACCGGAAACUUCAAACCGCGUUUAAGAGGAGAAAUAAAGUGUGGAGACGCUAUCGAUAAACAGAAAGUCCUGAAGACCUGACGGAAUACAAGCGACAGCGGAAUGCGUGUAAACGCGAGGCUCAUAGACUUCGAAGCAACUAUGAGCUGUACAUAUUACAAAAUUCCUUGGAGCAUCCUAAAAUCCUCUAUAGUUACAUACGUAAGGGACAGAGCAAUCGUGAACCGAUUCCAGCGCUAAGAUCCCAAAACGGAGUAAUUGAGACGGAUGACCACCUGAAAGCAUCAGCCUUCUCCAAUUUCUUUCAGUCGGUAUUCGCUCAUGACACAAACCCUCCUACCAUGCCAUAUGUAGACCAACGACAAUAUCCCUCCGAGAAUUAGCUGAUGUACUCUGUGAGCCGGUGUCCAUGAUAUUUCGGAAGUCCAUGGAAGAAGGCGAACUGCCGGAGGAGUGGAAAACGGCCCAUAUUUCUCCAAUCUAUAAAGGAGGAUCCAGACUGGAACCCGAAAACUACCGUCCUAUUAGUUUAACCUGCAUUCUAUGCAAGGUAAUGUAACGACUUAUUAAAGGGCAUUUAAUGUCGUAUCUGGAGCAGGGGGACCUGUUAUGUGCUGCUCAGCACGGAUUUCGUCGUGGUCACUCCUGUCUUACAAGCAGUCUCUACUCUCAGGAAAAUUGGACAAGAGCCAUAGACCAGGGCCGUCCCGUGGACGUCAUCUUCUUUGACUUUAAGAAGGCGUUUGAUAGCGUUCCUCAUGGUCGACUCCUACAGAAGAUUUGGGACUGUGGAAUACAGGGCAGCAUUUUUAAUUGGAUUAAAAGUUUCCUGUCAUGCAGGCUCCAAAAGUCAUCGUUGGUACCACUACAUCCGAAUGGGUGCCAGUAAAAAGCGGCGUUCCGCAGGGCUCAGACUUGGGUCCUCUCCUCUUCCUCAUCUAUAUAAAUGACUGUCCUGCAGACCUUGAAUGCGAUGGCAUCAUGUUUGCGGAUGAUAUAAAGAUCUGGAAAACAAUCAGCUGCGUUGAAGAUGCGCAAAAGCUACAGGAAGAUGUUAAUAAGCUGGCUGCAUGGUCCAGCAAGUGGCUUCUAGCGUUUAACGUAUCCAAGUGUGUAGUCUUGCGACUAGAAUCUGGACGGAGGCGCUACCCAAAACAUCAGUACACCAUAAAUGGGGUUCGACUAAAUGAAGUGGACACGCACGAAGACCUAGGUGUCUGGACAUGCUCAAACUUGCUGCCCUCUCAGCACUGCAAAAGAGUCGUCCAAAAGGCAACCAGCAUCAUGCACUGGAUUAGGCGUGCCUUCAAAAUCUUUCCUCCAGAACUCUUCUCACAGAUAUUCGGCACAUUCGUCAGACCGCACUUGGAAUACGGAAUACCAUCAUGGAUGCCCUGGAUGAAGAAAGACAGUGAUGCCAUAGAGCAGGUGCAACGACGGGCCACAAAACUGGUGGACGGUCUCAGGACUCUGUCAUACCCAGAAAGACUGAUCCAGUUAAAUUUGUUCCCCCUAUCCUAUAGAAGAAUGAGGUGUGACCUGUUAUGGACAUUCCGCAUUAUCCACGGGCAUGAAUGUUCGCUCAAAACUGACGACUUCUUUGAAUUCACGUCCACGAGUCACCUGCGCGGUCACCCUUACAAAGUCAAGCGGGAGCGUAUACGCCUAGACAAUCGAAAGUUUUCCUUCAGCCAGCGUGUUGUUCGACAAUGGAACUCACUCCCAAGUGAAAUAGUGACAUCUGAUACAAUCGCUGUAUACAAAAGGCAGCUGGAUCGUUUGAUAUUUGAUAAACGACGACUUUCACAACAGGACUAUCUGCGGCCAGCCAUAAAUUUCAUUUCUUGAUUUCAUCCCUACUUAACACAUCCGUGACUCUUAAUGAGAUGCCCCCUCUCAAACUAUGCCACUGACUGCAUUUUAUGCUGAUUGUAUAUAACUGCACUUAAAAUUUCCUAUGUACACUGAGAAGACCGCCUGCCGCACCCUUUGCAGUCCCGCAUUGUGAAAGUUUUCCGUGAACAAAUAUGUUACUGAAAAAUUUUAGUAAGACGUACAUUUAACAUUUAUAGUUUAUGUACCGUUUUCAAUAGGGUCAUCAAGGGCAUUGCCUAUUACCCUAAAAUACACAUACACACAAAAGUGUCGUCCACAUAUCUAUUGUACAGUCUUUUCAUAUUUAAUUUGGGUGACAACUUUUCUCCCAAGUAACCCAUAAAAAUGUCAGCAAGGGUUGGACCAAGUGGAAUUCCCAUUGACACUCCAUCAAUCCGUCUGUAUAGCUGUCCAUUGAACAGAAAUUGAACGUUUUUCGUGCAAAGUUUCAACAGGUCACGUAAUAUUUCGGGUGAAAGACAGGUUUCAGACGCAGGUACGCAUGAGACAUUGAUUGUCUCAUCAAGUGGUACAUUUGUGAAUAAUGAUACAACGUCCAAAGAUAUCAUGCUUUUGUUGGAAAUGUUCUGAUGCCCUAUUUCUUCAAUAAAAUGGAAACUGUCUUUUAUUGUGUAAGUCGAAAAUAGGUGUCGUAUUGGCUCUUAUUCCUUGACAAGCCGCUAGCUAAUCUGUGGUGGGGUGAACUAGACUUAGACAGAAUUGGUCGUAGAGGUAUGUCCUUUUUGUACAUUUUUGGAGAUCCAUAUAGUCUGGGAAUACAUGUGCCCCUCGGUUUCAGGGAUUGCGCGAUUUUAACCCCUGCCAGCACCAGCCCCGCCUAGCCCCGCCUGGCCCCCUCAAUAUUGGCGGGGCUAGAGGGGGCUAUGAGGGGGCUAAGCGGGGCUGUGGAGGGGGCUGUGGCGGGGCAUGCAACGCGAUAGCCCCGCCUAGCCCCGCCAGCGAAAAAAAUGCGCAGGGGACGCCACAUCCCCGCCCACUUUUGGCACCACUUUAAAAUAUCGUCCUGUAUACCGAGUCCCCUGAGGCGCAGUGCCUCACUGUUCCCACAUGUUACACGUCGAAACCCACCCUGCGUACGUAGAGUACUACGGUAUUACAUAGUACUCACAGUGACCCCGCCGUACACGUGCCCACUAAUCAGCAGCCAAUAUCAAAUACACGCGACGCAAAUUCAUGUGAGUGAGUUAUUUAUUUUAUAAACGAAAAAGGAAUUGGAAAAUAUGUACAAUCAUAAUAAAUGUCAGUGCCAGUAUAUACAUGGACUUCAACAUAUGUUAUGCCAUUCAGUUGUGCGUUCCAAAAGUCCCCGCUUCGACGGCUGGUGCUUCAGUGAUAGCCAGAGUAAUUACGCUGCAUAAUUGCUUAGGAUAUUCAGUAAAAAACGAUAAAUAAUUUGUAUAAGUGGACUACGAACACCAAGGCCAAAUAUACAUACAUAGACAUACAACUCGACUACUUGAACUAGCUGGUGAGUAGAUACCUAAACAAUUAGCAUAGUAUACAUAAAUGAACUAAGACAGCUAUCAAGAGCAUGAAAACAGCAUUGGCUGACUCACGAUAUUACCUGCAAUCGAUUGUAAAAUAUACGAAUAAAUAACACACACAGAUUCUAAUCCGGUGGACAAAUGAGAGUUUACGCAUUGAGGGACUUAAACAAAACCUCACUAUAUUGUGCUGAUCCGCAGCUACAUUCAGUGGGCGUAAACGGAUGCUUUCUCCAUGAUUUAUAAGCCAAUUUUGAUAAAUAAGCUACUUUUAAUGCCAAAGAAGGUACAAUGAGUGGUGCUUUUGAAACAUAUCUUUUGAUGCAAAUACGCUUCAAAAUGCUUCAAUCCAGAGGGGGCUGUAGCCCCACCCAGCCCCUUCCAGCCCCGCCUAUGAAGGGGCCAUGUGCUGGCAGGGACAUCAAUCUGAUUUUUGUCCAACAAUUGUUUAACUGUUUUUACUGGAAAUCGGAAGAGUUUUUUAAAACCGAACUAUACCCUUCUUCCGAGCGCGCAUAAGACCCCUGCCCUUAUUACACACGUACUGCCAGAAGCUAAAAGAUCAUGGCCUUCGAGUUGGUGAAACAUAUAUACACCCAGCCCCGAGCGUAGUCAGUACGCUCCUCGCUAAAGCUUGGUAGGGAUGGAGGCUUCUAACGAGUAAAGAAUACUUAUUUCACCUAGCAACUCCAAGACAGCAGCUACCGUCUUCCUCGGAAAGGCGUAGAAGGUCCAUCGACAGGCAUGUAAGUUUUCGUUUCAUGUAAAUGUAAAUGUCCCCACGCUGCUGUGUUGGAGUUGCUAGGUGAAAUAAGUAUUCUUUACUCGUUAGAAGUCUCCAUCCCUCCCAAACUUUAGCGAGGAGCCUAUUGACUACGCUCGGGGCUGGGUGUAUCGAUGUUUCACCAACUCGAAGGCCAUGAUCUUUUAGCUCCUGGCAGUACGUGUGUUAUAAGGGCAGGGAUCUUAUGCGCGCUCGGAAGAAGGGUAUAGUUCGGUUUUAAAAAAACUUCCGAUUCCCCGUAAAAAAAUUGGAAGAAGACGUUAUUUUCUAUCGAAUGAGGAAGAGAAUCACUAUUUAAUGCAUGCUUUCCAUGAAAUAUAAUUGAAUUUUUAAGAGUAUCGGAAAUCAAUUAACAAAAUGCAUGCUACUUAAGUUGUCAUUUUUUACAAAGUAUAGUUUUUGCGUGCAGUCGGAAAGAAGUUCAUUCGAAAGCAGGCAUCCUGAGGCAACUGAAUUAUUAUAGAAUUACGCUGCACGAUGGUUAGUUUUACAACCCUUGUUAGUUAAUCUUUUCGAAACGAAAACGCAUUUCGGAAUUUCAGUUUACAUUUCAUGAGUUAGCCCACCUACUGUAGAUCACAUUCGAUACGGUAUGAUUUUGCAAUAAAUCUGCCCAGAUCCCUUCAUUCGUUUGCGCGUGUCCUGUGGACAGCAGCUGCACAUCAUAAUCGCUCGUAAACUUGGCGGUUCGCCUAGCCCUGUUGGAAUUUGGAUCGGCGCUCGGCGACGAGAAAGACGCAGAACAUCGGCGCACCUGCGGAGGCAGCGUGUGUGAAGGCAUAGAGGGGUACGCGAUCGAUGACCCGUUGACGGUCCCAUGAUGUCGUGUUAGCCUUGCAACUGACGAGAACCUGGCAACCUCCUUUCGAACCUCCCGCGACACCCUGAGUCAUAGGCAGACCGUAGCCACUAAGACCUUUAGAAACAGACCUGUAUAGGAAGUUGGACUCCAAUAGAUAGAGCAAAGUUUAGAAAAUGAAUGUACAAUGGGUUGGAGGGAAUUGGCAGACCGCCAGAACAGGCGUUGCGGCUGACGGUGAGGUAUUCCACAUAUCAAAGUGACAGUGGGCAUGUCUGCUUUGGCUUACCCCUGCACGGAUCAAGUCUGCAUUUGGCGUGAGCAUACAAAACAUUGCGAUAUAUUUAAGUUGCGAUUUUUGGAUCUUUAAUAUUGAGCCAACUGUGGAAAAUUCGGCUCCUCGGUGGGAUUCGAACUCACGAUAGUAAGUUGAGGGCUUUAGUUCAGCCAACGCUUUAACCGCCUGAGCUACGGAGGCCCGCCGGACGACGCAAGUUUAAUCACAUUUGGGUUAAGAUUACCCGCCCAACCUACUGCAACGUCCGGAAUCCACCAAAUCUGAUACAGUAAGUUGACUGCCCAGGCAGGAGUCCCUAAGUAAUUCACCUAGAAUCCACCAGAUGACUACCAGGCUCACAGUUGGAUUAGUGUGGAUUAUUCAAAAUCUGCCAAAAUCUCUGAAUUUUUGGAUCUGUCACUAACGUCGCAAUAAAAACUCGUUAGCUAAUCCACGCACUACUCGCCGUUGAUCGAUGGGCAGGACAAAAAACAGCUCUGCACAAUAGGAAGGACAGCCGAUGGCUGGAAUGAGCGACCUUAAAUUUUAAAUAGGAAAUUGAAGUUUUCUUUUCAGUUAACCUAUUUGAAUUUGCCUCCCUGUUUGUUUUCCUCGGUCUUGCGGUAUGGGAAAGUCGAUUUCAUAAUCGUGUAGGCCUGGGCAAACUCUACUGCGUCAACAUCAGGUCGACUGUGGGCAAGCCCUCCAACCAAUUAACUAUUUAGGAAACGCGAUCAUUUAAGGAUAUCUGAUCACACUCGAGCAGUAUCCACGCAGAUUUUGUGGCACAAGUUCUUUUUUAUUACAAUGGGUAGAUUUUUUCGCUCGUUGAGGUUUGUUAUUAGUCCAUUCCAUACUUCUGCAUUUUGCUAUACUUCGUCUAGUAUAUGUCAUCGUUGUCUCCAGGGUGUUCGCUCUCCUUGUGGUUUUGGAGGAAUUGUGUACAGUGGUAGGCAAGGAGUAUAACGGAAUCAACGUUUGGGAUUUCACCAGAUAGUCCAAUCCAUCCGAGUCCUUCGAAAACAAAUAACAGGAAGCGGUUUCUUCGUACGAUCGUUUCUAUGAAUUCUUUUUUGCAAGAAGAGUAUCCACGCCAACAGUACUGCAAAAAAUUUGCAGUAUAAUUAAUCGGAUAUGCUAAAACUUAAAGAUGAAUGACCUCCUGGACUGAACCCUGACUCCCUAAAUUUCCGCAUGGCAAGAAAGUGGAAUAUGAACUCAGGAAGUGUAAGGUUAGUGUUAAGGUUAAAUUUAGGGUUAAGGUUAGACUUGGAGUUAGUUUUAGGGUUAGAGUAAAGUUCAGGGUUUGGGAAAUGACUUUAUAAUAUUUACCCUUCCUGGCAUUUUUUGCAAGGCCGCCGGGAUUGCCGGGGGCUUUAGCAGGCCUAGUUAAUCGACAACGAGAUCCCAUGCUAAAACCAAGUCGAGGACAACCAAGCUAAACGGUCGCGCCAGAACGGACCUGGCUGUUAGCGCCAAUGGGGCAAUAGUUGAAAAGUCAGUUAGUGAAACCAAAACUCACAGCGGUAACUAAUUGGAGAUGGCACCCAAAACCUCCUUUACCUAGAAAUAAUACCUACUCGAUCUAUUUGAGUAGGUUAUAGACCUACAUAUUCUCACACCAGUUGGAGUUCUUACGUAACCUUUACAUAAGCACCAACUUAAACAUAAGUGGAUAAAUGCGAGUUUAGGAAAUGCUUAACAAGUAGAAUGACUACAAAAGUAGUGUACAAACACAAAAUACGACAAAUGGCUACCACAGACGUAAAAUGUGCAGGCACGGUAUAUCCCAAUAAGUGCCUCGCGCAAGUGGCGAAUGCUCAAGACGGCCCUUUGCUGGAAAACAACCUUCAUCUGUGGCUCUUUUGAGCUAGGCUCUAAUUAGCAAACGCAAUCCGGCAACCAUCUUGACCGACCGGCUAAAAUAGAUUGGUAUAUGCGGUUUUGUGUGUGUGUGUGUGUUUCUCCUCCUGGUUAUUCUGACUCCCUUCCAUCCAAAAAGUUAUACGGAGAGAGCAGCACGCGAUCCCAGAUGUGGUCCAGGCUAACUGGGGUUGUUCUCCCAUUAAAUCAGUUUGUGACACAAAGUGGACUUCAGCAGCCGCCUGAGAUGUGUUGGCAGCCCUGUUUAAGGAUAGCAUUGCUCACCCCCCCGUGGGGAGAUGGCAAGAAUAGGUGGCGAAGCAAACGCUGGGAUCACGCCAUCUUUAAGCUGGUAAUGGUUCAAAGAUAUACAAUCCAUGGCCGAAACACCCAUAUGAACAACAGAAAUCUUCGUCCUCUUCAAUGCGUCCAAACCGACAGGCUGUAUGAGAAAUCCCGCCCACUCUGGCAGCCUGGAAUGUUCGCUUUAUUUUGGACAAUCCGAGGAGCACCCGGCCGGGAAGGAAAGUGGGAUUAGGCGUUCGAGAACUGGCUCAUGAAAAGAUAGACGUCGUUGCUUCUCAGGAAGAUCUGAUUCUCCGAACAAGGUGUAGUAGAGGAGGUGGGUAUCAACGACAUCUUCCUCGGGAGCUGUCGCUCAAAGUCAGAACGACGCGACGAAAGCGUCGCCUUUGCCAUCCGGAACGAUAACUGCCUUGUCCGCCCUAGAGCGUCAGCAAUGCACUCACGACCCCACGUCUGCCUCUUUGGGUAGUCGAAUUCGCCACCGCCGUCAGCGCCUACGCUCCGCCAACGGCCAUUUCCGACAAGGUGGCGAAUAUGUUCUACAAAGGCCUGAACGCCCUCCUGUCUGCUUUGCCGAGGUCGGAAAAGCAAGUUAUUCUUGGUGACUUCUAUGGGGGCUGUAGUCAUAACGGCCUCUUUCCCCUGCAAGCCUACGCACAGCGACGUCUUCUGCUGACGGUGCCAGAUCGAUCGUUCAUAAUAUCCGACGGCGCCAUCAAACGACUCCCGUUUGUGGAAACGGAAAAUGAUAUGGAUCUGACGACUUCCCUGCCAGAAAAUAUCAAUGACUUGCAACAUUUUCCUAGCGGGAAAGUGCUGAGAUGGGACGCCAACCACGGCAGUCUCACCGCUGAUGGACAAACUUACAACGGUAUUUCGUGAGAUGAGGCGCCAAGGACAAGUUUCCUACGAUUCCUAGGACGCGUUAGUCGUCCACCUCUACAAAUGGAAAGGGAACCGACAACUUUGUGACAACGACAUGGGAAACCUGCUGUUUAACAUUUCGGAAUCUACGGAGUCAGCCAAAUCGCAACUGCUAAAGCCAAAAUAUAGAUCGUCAGUGUCAUGUGCCUCCGAUCCACAACACCAACGCUCAACCCAAUGCAGGCUGUCAAAGAACAUUGUCCGCACGGAUCAGCCCCGCUGGACAUCUCCGGAUCCAGUUCAAAAACAUCUUGACAGUCCCAUCCGCUGGAUUCAAAAACACCCCUCAUGGUUAUCCCUGCACCAACCCGCGCGGGGUUCACGACGACGACUAGACCUCUUACGCUCCCGGCCGACCGUUAACCAUUACCCUUAUCACCACCGUCCCUAUCACCAGCAAGGUGCACUCAAUCCCAACCAGUUCUCAUUGCAAUCACGCAUUUCCCUUACACACUGGCUCGUUCUGUCACUUGCUAAUCCAUUGCACUGUGGCCAGCGAACCAGUGCUAGGAACUCCUAAAUGCAUUCGUCGCACCCGUCUUCACUGUCCGGAGCACCAGCGCACAUUCCAUCACCGCAUGCGGAAUUCACCGCAAUAUGGACAUGUCAAGCACACCUACAACCCGACUUCUCUUCCAUCUCCUGUGUUACCAAAGGUCCACCUACCAUUUCGGCCAGCACUAUCGUCAUCACCACCACAAAUGACUCCGGAGUUUCCAACCUACCCUGCCUACACUGUCUCUGCACACGGGCAUCACGCAACGGACUGAUCGGUCACUUGCGAGUGCCUCGUACUGAGACUGUCAAAACAUUACCAGGAGCACGAGAAUACACUUGUCGUCAUGGCCUCAGCUGUCUGCACUGCCCUCGAAAAUUAAGUUGUCGCAUACGCCUAUUGGGUCACAUGCGCCUCCAUUAACACCUGUGGUAAACCAUUGCAAAAUGAGCCUCAUUAGCACAUAUUCCCCCAUUAACAAAUACAGCACGCAUGAACGCAUUCGGCAUCACACACCGCAGGCACGAUUAAAGCAUCUCUCACGCAAGUGGGAAGUGUGUUUUUUAGUUCCUCCAUUUGGCCCCUUGGCUGCAUGUGAGAUCCCAGCAGUUCAUCUCUCUUGUGAGAAGUGCUCGUGCAUUGUGUGGGGGCCGAGUCUUGUUUGGCACGCAUAGGCCCCCUGUUCCAACCUCUGCCGGCUCUGACAAUCGAUUAUCCCCUCUCGCGAGAUUUUCGGCCUCAUCGACCCGGCCACACAUUCAAGUUCGAUGAAGCUGAAAUUCUCGCGAGAGGGGAUAAUCGCGUGAGCCGUGAGUGGCUUGAGUCAUGGUUCACGGACCUCAGUCUAUCAACAAGUGCAACCACAUCCCCACUCCAUAUUCCGUGCUGAGGCAUAGGCUGGCCAAGAUAAUUGACCACUCGGGGAGCGCGCAAGCCGGUGAGCCAGAUGGCCGAGAAAUCAUCACGCCAGCAUCCAACACGGUUGAUGACAUUUCGGCAAUUAACAACUUGCAUGCCGGCCAUCAAGCCAUCAGCGCGCCCGCGGGCAACAAUCUUUGAUGAAGGGGAGCGCGGUUAAUAGCUUUAGGUAUGCGGUAGUAUAGCGACUGCAUCCUAUAAAUAUUGCAACUUCCUGUGCCCGAGUCACCCUUACUGCCACUGUCUCUGAUGAUGGAUUCAAGUGAGAAUCCGAAACGGCAGGCGAAUAAAGCCCUUGUUCCAGCGAUCGCUUCUUCUUCUUCUUCUUCUUCUUCUUCUUCUUCUUCUUCUUCUUCUUCUUCUUCUUCUUCUGAUCUCCGGCUCUGUCGGCAACCGCGCUCAUUUCCCGCAUCUGACCAACGUGGACAGUGGACUGAUGUUUGUGAAUGGAAACAGAGAGUGAAGUCGACGUCUCAGCGCACUUUCCCGCCAUAAACAAUCUGACGCGCUUAAACCUAUCACAGUGCGUUUAAAGCUGCGGCUUUGAAGGUUGCCAACUGACGGUAUAAGUCGGACCUCACAGUCAGCCCUGUGUGUGUGUGUGUGUGUGUGUGCGUGCGUGCGUGUGUGUGCGUGUGCGUGUGCGUGCCCUCAAAACGGGCCACGUGUUAGAGGCGUUGGACCAACACGGGGGCCACAUCGGACUCUGGCAGGCGUUAUCUGUGCGCAAUAACAAAUGCCAACACUUGCGGAGUGCGCUGGCAGACCCUGUUGUCGGCAAUCGUCGUACAACUGGACCACUGCCAUCACCCCAUUGUUUUGUGGUCAAAAUCCUGGUCAUUUGUGUGUAGACCAGGGGGUGCGGAGUGGAGCGCCAAGGCGAGGAUCCGUCCGAGCCAUCCACCUGCGGCCUCACCCGUCUCCGGUCUUCUUGACUUGGUCUUGACACCGGGCUCAGGCGGGGGAGGAGGAGAGUGUAGGUAGAUGCAGCGCAAGUCUACCGGCACUAUAAACCCCUGCGCAAGUCACCGUCCCUGCUCCCACAAUGCUCUGUGGGGCACACCGUGGACAUCAUCGAAAUCGAUGGUCGAACUGUCGUGUGUGUGUGUGUGACCUCUGGGGUGUAGGGGUGUCAGCGGUGGGUCCACGCGAUGGUCGUAGUGGUCGCUCACUUGCUUGCAGGUGAGACUACGCCUAGCGUCCAUUUGUUGGCACUCAACUCUCACCUGUGGCUCCGCGUAGCUGGGCUCUGCUCAGCGGCCACACCCCAGGCAACCGUCUCGACCGGCGGGCUAAACCAGGUGAGGGUAUCCGUGCGUGCACCUGCACGCGCGGUAAUGUGGUCUGCGCUGGCCGGGUGGUUCUUCGCGUCGACAUCGUCGAGACGAGGCUCUCCCUGGACCAUCGCAGGAGGCCACCAGGUAAGUUCUUCCUCAGGUAAGUGCAUUUGCUCUGUUUCUUCCUUUUGUCUGUUGUAGUUCCGUGUCAUAUGCUGCUCUUGCUGCCUGCCCUCUGUAUGCUAGUCUGUCUGUUAAUAGCUAGACGAAACCCUCGCUGUCUGCUGCGACUGUCUGUCUGUCAGUCUAUGCCUCUCUCUGCUAAUAGCUAGGUGUUACGUAGCUUGACACUUGAAUGGUGCCCUCUCCCCUCUGUCUCUGACUGAUGACUGUGUCUGUUUGCCCACUCUAGCUAGCUGUAAGUCCCAUAGCGUUAGGUUGUGUGUAUGCUCUCGCCUACUUCACUUCAUCACAUCACCAUCACCACCAAGGUCCCAGGCUAAUUCAGGUCGUUCUCUCACUAACAAAAAGUCGUGGCCCAUAGUGGAGUCCGGCAGCCGUCUGGGAUAACCGGGCAGCCCUGUUAAGGGAUGCGUUGCCUGUCCCCGCGAGGGGGAGGGGGCUAGAAAAGGUGCCUAAAUAUCGCUGGGAACCACGCUGUCUGUAGGCUGGCCGUGGCCGCAGACAAAAAAACACGGUCGAAACAGCCAAAAUCGAAACAACAACAACAACCACUCUCUUCCUCUUCCAGCCUAUUCUUCUUCUUCUCCUACUCCUACUUUUCGCCGCCGCAGUCGCCAGACUGGCAGGGUGAGCCCGCUCACUCUGGCAGCCUGGAAUUUUCGUUCCCUUUUAGACAAUCCGAGGAGCAACCGACCGGAACGGAGGACGGCGCUAGUGGCACGAGAACUGGCGCGCUAAAAGGUGGACAUCGCCGCACUCAGCGAGACCCGAUUCUCCGAACAAGGCCAACUGGAGGAGGUGGGUGCCGGUUACACCUUCUUCUGGAGUGGUCGACCCAAGGCAGAGCGACGUGACGCGGGUGUCGCCUUCGCCAUCCGGAACGACAUCGUGGGACGACUGCCCUGUCUGCCGCAGGGCAUCAACGAUCGCCUGAUGAGCCUCCAUCUGCCUCUCCGGGGUGGAGGCAAAUUCGUCACCAUCAUCAGCGCCUACGCUCCGCCGAUGACCAGCCCCGACGCCGCCGCAAGAGACAAAUGCUACGAGGACCUGCACGCACUCUUGGCGACUGUGCCGAAGCCGGACAAGUUAAUUGUCCUUGGUGACUUCAACGCCCGCGUCGGCACAGACCAUACUGCCUGGAGGGGAGUGCUGGGUCCCCACGGUCUCCGCGGCUCCAACGACAACGGCCUGCUGCUUCGCACCUGCGCAGAACACCACCUUAUCCUGACGAACACGUUUUUCUGUCUGCCGGAGCGAGAGAAGGCCCCUGGAGGCAUCCUCGGUCGCGUCAGUGGCACCUGCUGGACUAUGUCCUCGUCCGGAGGCGAGAUCAGCGGGACGUGCUGGUGA